AUGGAGGAUUCAGCAACUCAACCUGCUAUGGAAGAGACACAGGCGACACCGCCAUCCUAUACAUUGCAAAACGUGAAGAAGGAGCUACUCGAAUGGUUUCACUCUCCAAUAAACCGGUCGCUUCUCAUAUUUAAACUCUUUUACUUUCUCUUCUACGCGGCUUUCGGCUCACUAUUCCCUCUCCUCUCCAUCUACUUCAAACAGCUUGGAAUGAAUGCGACUCAGUGCGGAGCUUUGGGUGGUGCAAGGUCUCUGGUUGAGUGGGUAGGUGCUCCCUUUUGGAGUGGUCUCGCAGAUCGUUGGAAGAAGGGUAAAUUAUUCCUAAUGAUCAGCCUUCUCUGUUGGAUUGUGUUCACUCUUGGUCUUGGAUUUGUUAGACCUCAACCAGAAGGAUGUCUGGUUUCUGUUUCUGGAAGUACUUCGAUAAAUGAAUCCAAACAUUCCUUUAAUAUUCGCAUAAUGGAGCCUUUCAGAGAAGUCACUAGUGACCACAUUGAAGCUAUUGAAAUGAAACCAUACCUAGCCGUCUAUGGAAAGACACGAAUUGGACAAUCACCCCUUCAACUUGACUUAAAAAAACUUAACCACAAGGCGGCUUCUAACGACUCGAUUAACUCAUUAAGUAUUGAUCGAAGUGGUGAGCAUGCUCGCUUAACUAAGGAAGAGGCUUUCGCUGAUCCGAGCCAUUACACACAGGGCAGUUUAGUAAUGCCUCUAUUCUCAACAGUUGUUUAUCGGCAGAGUAAGAUAAAUCAAAUUUUUAUUCUCGCAAUGAUACUAAUCUGCGUUGGGGCAUUUUUCUCAAGUCCAGCAAUUUGCCUGGCUGACUCAGCAGUUAUGUCCUAUAUAGAAGAAAACACCCAAGUUCUAUAUGGACGACAGCGGAUGUUCGGUUCAGUGGGUUGGGGCCUUGCUAUGUUCUUCGUCGGUAUUGCAUUGGAUCAAUCUCAGAGCUUCCCUGAUCAUCCAUGCUUGCGCCCAGGACGCCGAGAGAAGAACUAUAUGGUUAGCUUCGCUGUCUUCACCGUAUUCAUGUCAUGUGCUGCAAUAGCCGCUAGUCAAUUCAGAUUUGCUUACGAUGGAGCUAUGGAAAGUAUGUACUUUAAGGUUGUGAAAGACAAAGUGGCUAAAACUCUUCGACGUGGAAGAAUGGGCAUGAAUCGAGGAAAGUUGGUGAAUGAAGCAGAUGGAAGUGAAGAAGAAUGGAGAGGAGAUUCUGGCUACACUCAAGUCCCUGCCGACAGUAGAGCCACCGAAGCAGGAACAACUUCAGGUACGAAUGAGGACAUCCUGGAACAGCAGUUGGGAAUAAAGCUCGAUCGUAAUGAGAUUCAUCGAUCUGAUACUUUGGCUGGAUUUCCAUCCUCCGAUCCGUUUGUUGAGGAUCUGGCUGCUACGGCACAAACUAAGGUGACUCAAUACUUAACUGUCCUGAAGCAAUUCACGCAGCCGAGGUUAGGCUUUUUCCUUCUGGUCACAUGGUUCAUGGGAAUUGGCUCUGGAAUAGUCUUUAGCUUCCUAUUCUGGCAUCUCCAGGAGCUUGGCGGUUCACCGACUCUCUAUGGUAUUGCCUCCAUUAUCAACUAUCUCUCUGAAAUCGUCACUUACUACUUCAGCAAGCCUGCCAUCGAACGGUUUGGGCACUUCAAAAUACUCUACCUUGGACUGCUUGUAAAUGUCUUCCGUUUCCUCUACGUUUCCUGGAUAGGCAAUCCUUGGUGGGCAUUGCCGUUUGAAUUCGUUCAUGGGAUCACAAAUGCUGGAGUUUGGGCCGCAAGCUGCUCCUAUAUUGCCCAGAGUUUUGAGCCACAGUAUCGAAUCUCGACGCAGGGGGUUCUUCAAGGCGUGAAUCAUGGAUUAGGCAAGGGCCUUGGUGCUAUCAUUGGUGGUGCUAUCACCUCACAUUUCGGAACUGGUAAUCUAUUCCGUGCCUACGGAGCACUUUCAGCUCUUAUGUUGAUCUGCUUCUUGCUGAUCAAUUACUUGGUCAAAGAGAAGACUGCUAGGGUGGGAAGAGGUGGAGAAGACGCUGAAAAAGCUGAAGGAAGCGGAGUUGAUGAACUGGGUCUUGGUGGAGGCAAUAAGCCCACUCUCGUAGCUGGUGGCACAUUCGAUGAAUCUGCUUUCAUGUCACCCGCAGGAACACCUUUCAUUCCAGCCUCGCGUACUCCUGCAGCCGUAGCUGCGGCCAAAAACAUCACAGGCAAUGCAUUUAAUGAUACCUCACGCAGUAAGCAUCAGGAAUCACUUGUCAUACUAUGA